GUGUUUAAUUAGAUAAAUAAUCCGUGCAAAUUAAUUGCCGUCAUAUGCGUGCAUACCAAACAUGCACACCACAUGGACUUUGUUGGUGAUUCAGCUCCUUUCGUACCAGGCGCUCGGAUUCCUAUUCACUAAUGAAAGAUCUAACCAAUGUCCAUCGCUAUCUGCUGAAACAGCGUUUAUAGAGUACAUAGACAAUGUCACGAUGCUGAUCGAAAUUCCCAAAGAAUUGGAAUUAGUUCAAGAGCUCACUUUUCACUCGGGUGAAUGUAAUGUGAAUUAUCACAUGGCCCCUGUCACUCUUGAUGUCGAGGAUCAAGAAAAGGGGGACAUAUCAACCCAGAUGCUUUCCUAUGACAAGAACGUCAUCCUGCCGAUUUCCCCUCUUAUUCGGACGGCUAAGUUCGCCUUUGACGAGCCCCUGUACACGGAACGGAUCAAGCUCAGAUCGAGUUAUCCGUUGGGAUGUGUGCGGGUGCACGUAAAUGGUUGUGGCACUAGUGGAAUGUGUCGAAGGGAAACAUCGCCAUGUGGUUACAAUGGGAUUUGCAUUGGCGAGCAACGAUGUGCCUGUACACCACCUUACGUAGGAAGGAUUUGUAAUUCGAAAGCCAACGACAUACUUAUAGACGAUUAUUCGCCCAUACUGCAAAUGCAAAAGGUUGUGUUUACGAAAGCUGGCAAACUCCAAACGUAUGGUAAUGUAACAGUAGUGCAAGACGACAGCACUGGGCGACGAUCCAGAAGAACUUUUGGUUAUUUUGGUGGACACCAUUAUUACCAGAUGCACGGAGGAAGCUGCAUGCCUCAGACGAGUCAAAGUUAUCCCAGCUCGAACUUCUACGGACACCAUUGCUCAAGCAGCCCGUAUUCCGUAUUUCACAACUCUCACAAUAAUGGAUUCUCACACAGCUGCAAUGCAAUAUUCGGGCAUUCACAUGACCAUCAAUCAGGUAAAAGACAAGAAGCAGUAACUGAAUUUUGGAUAUACUAG